UCUAGCCGCAGCUGGGCUGGGCUGGGAGAAACCAAAGCGAGCCCUGCGGCAGAGCCGGCAGAAGAGAGAGGAGGCAGGAAACUAAAUCUUCUGACCGUCCCCGUGGAUGAGAUCAGGUCGGAGGUGACAGCGCGGGGCCCCCCACGUUCCUUUUCCUCUUGUGUUCUGGAGCCAUGCAGUCGCCGAAGAAAGGUUUGAUCUGCAACUUAAACCACGUCCACCUGCAGCACAUCUCCUUGGGCCUCCACCUCUCUCGCCACCCAGAGCUCCAAGAAGACUCCAAUACUUCGGCUCCGAGACAGCAGACGGAUUGCCGAGAGUGCCGGGGCCACGGCGGUGGACCCCCCGAGCAGGUGGAUGCCAAUUCUAACAACCCGUUGACGCCAUGCCGAUGUUGCAGUUCUCACCCGCUCCGGUCAGACACCAAGCUGGGCCUUCAGAUCCAGUCCAUUUUGCCCAACCGCCCUGUUGCGAAGAACAAGGAAGAGGAGGACGACGAAGAGGAGGCAGGCUCCCCUUCCGAUGCGGCCUCCUCCUCUGUAAGCAGCUGCUCGGAUCUCAGCCUAGAUGAUACGCCUGUCUCGGUAUACUGCAAGGAAUUCCCCACUGAGGAGGCCCCGAGCCCUGAUAGCCAGCCCAACAUAGUCCCACUGGAGGACGCCCGCAGUGCCCUCUCCCUGGCUGGCUGUGAUGACGGAGGUUCAAAUCUCAACAUCCGGCUUGGCGAGCAUCCAGCAUCCCGUGUCCGGGACAGUCCUGACAGCCUGUGCAGUAGCAGUUCCCUGGAGUCACCAUCUGCUUCUCCCUGCACAGAAAGCCCCGUCGAAUCACCCCCUAGUGUUGUCAGCAGUGUCCCCCCGAUAGCACUGCCCCCCGUUCGUCCUAGCAGAGCACCCCCAGCCGUGCCAGCCCCCCAUAUCGGCACUCAGCUAGAUUCUAACUGCAACGCCCUCUCUGCUCAGCCAGCCAAGUCUGAAAAUCUCUCUGCUCUCCCCUCGGGACAGCUGGAUGUCAACUUGAACCGGGCUGUUCCACCCAGGCCUGGUUACUGUACCAAGGUUCCUCCUCCAAUUCCCCCCAGAACCAAGAGGGGCCUGUUAGGGUUGAAGCGAUGUGAAGUCGGGAAGCCAGCAGCAGCGGUGGCCCCAUCGACCCUAUCGGAAUCGCAGUUGAGCCACAGUGACCAGCCAGGUGAGAAUGGCCGGAAGAACAUCACCUCCUUCCAUGAGUUAGCGCAAAAACGGAAGAAGAUUACGGCCGUGCCACCCUUUCCACAGACGAGGAAGGACCAAAGCGACUGGCUGAUAAUAUUUUCUCCUGACACCGAGCUUCCCCCCUGUAACGAAUUCACUUGCGGCAGCGCCCCAAGCCAGGAGACAAGCGGCCCCCCGAUCUCGCCAGAAAAAACAGCGAACCCUGGCAGCUGUGGUCAAAGAGAGGUGACCACGUUCAAAGAACUGCGUUACCGUAAGCAGAAGACCCAGCCGGCUGCAAAGGUUGAUGCCCAUCCAUCUCAACACCUGGAUUCAGCCAAGGGCAUCUCUAAUGGGAACGGUCCCCAGGAGACUGAUUGGGAGCUACCACCAAACGGUCAUUUCUGGGCGCUGAAGGAAACCCAGCCCCGGAGAAAAAAGUCUCGCCCAGGGCUGCAGCCCAUUGUGGAACGUGGCUGUGAAGAAGGCGAGGAGGAAGGAAUGGAGCAGAAGGCGCUCCGUAAAGAUUUAGAAGAUAUGCCCCCAUGGAGGGAUAUCCCGGGGAAGGCAGAGAGAGGAGAUCGGUGCCAUGCAGAGGCUGGUGCUUUCCCCGCUUGCUCCUCUCGGCCCCAGAAUCUGCCUUUCCAUCCACUCCUGUUCCGUUUCUCAGUGGUAGACGGCAAGUCAGCCGAGUCCUUGCACCCGUCCCUCUGCCCCAGCUUGGAGAGCGUGGAGCUGACCUCCCCGAGCCCUUUGGGGUCGCCCUUCUGCCCCCGGCUGAAGACCUUGUCCUGCGAGGAAGUCUGCCUGCUGGCCAGCAAGCAGGGCCAGGUUCUCGGCACGCUGUCCCCCGAGGAGCUGCUCCCUAUCCGCCUCUCCCCCAUCGGGGCCUAUUCUCCACCUGCCAGGAGUGUUUUACCUUUCCUGGAGAGCCCUGAUCUGGCUGUGCUGUUCUCCCCGCUCUUUCCCCGCAGCAGAACAUUCCCCGCCUUAGCUUUCCCGACCCGCCAGGUCCCCAAGCUGCCAUUUGGAGCCCAUUGCUCCCUCGACAGCCAGGCUGGAGCGGGCCCAGGGAGAGUGUCCCGGAACAGUAUGGGAACAAGGAAUCCGGGACAUCCUGAACAACUGAGACAUUCUCAGUCCUUUGGUGGGGUCCCAAGCACAGGCCGUACUUGGGGUGCAGCUGCGGACCGAGUCUCCGUGCAGCUGAGAGAACAAAAGAAAGCCCUUCUUGUGGCAGUGAGUGCCUCGGUGGACAGGAUCGUGGCCCAUUUCAGCACUGCCAGAAACCUCGUCCAGAAGGCCCAGCUGGGAGACAGCCGUCUCAGCCCAGACGUGGGCUACCUAGUCAUGAGUACGCUGUGCCCGGCCCUUCGUGCCCUGGUGUGCGACGGCCUGAAACCGUUCCAGAAGGACGUCAUCACAGGCCAGAGGCCGAGUUCCUCGUGGAGUGUAGUGGAGGCCUCUGCCAAGCCUGGCCCCCACACCCGCUCCCUGAAUGCGCUCUACUGGCGAGUGUCUCGGCUGGCACCGCUCCGGAGCAACCAGCAGCGCUUCCAUGCCUUUAUCCUGGGCCUCCUAAACAUGAAGCAGUUAGAACAGUGGUUCUCACACCUGCAGCGGAACACAGAACUCAUUUCGGCACUGUACCUGCCCUCCGCUUUCCUGGUCCUUGCCCAAGGGUUUUGCCGCCGCUGGGCUGAGGAGCUCCUGCUCCUUCUCCAACCUCUCUCUACACUGACCUUCCAGCUGGACCUUCUCUUUGAGUACCACCACCUCUCCCUAGAUGUGCGGCCGGCUCCCCAUCAGGCUGCGCCGGCGACGGAGCCAUCCUCCACUUCCCAGAAAGUCCACGGGUCUGGCUGCCUGCAUUUGGCUGCGAUCCCCAUCCUGACAGAAGGGCCUUUAGCCCAAUCUAGCCCUCUCCACGAGCCGCAAGCAGGGGUCAGUCUACCGCAGAGACUACUGCAGUGGGGGGAUCGUCUCACCCACACGCUGCGGGGCAGUGAGGCCUCCCCAAAGCUGGAAUCGUGCCCCCCGACCGACUAUCCGGGGACUGAAGAGAAGCAACGCAGCUGGUGGGAGCGGCUGAAUUGGGCUUCCGGGGGCUGCGCCACCGCUGCCACCGACUCCGCCACUAAACAAGAAAGCUUCCCUUUCACCCGCUGGACCAAGCUGCGGGGGGCUCUAGAGGAAGCUGUGAAGGAGGUCCGUGCAGGGGGAGCGACAAGUUCUAAUAUGCCCAGCCCCACCGAGAGCAGCACAGAGAGGCCGAGAGAAACUCCCACCAGCGAGACAGAGAGCUUACCUGAAGCUGUCGCAGAAUGGAAGUUGGAGAUGAGCCGAUCCGGUGCUGGAGAGGCUCCUUUCCAGGGGGCAGAUGAGAAGUCCGAGGCCGGGGAUAGCCCUGGGAAAGGGCAAUGGCUGGGGUGGCUGUUUGGAGCAACUUACCCAACAGUUUCAGGAAGUCCUGCCGGGUCUGAUUCUAGCGUGCCCAAGUCGAGCAGGCUUCCAUCUAGCUGGCUGCCACCCAGCAUGAACGUCCUCGCUCUUGUGAUGAAGUCAGCGCCCUUGGAAAAGAACUGGGCUGAGGACUCAUGGGAGAAAGGUCAGCCUGACCCUCUGCGGCCUCACAGGGCCGUGCGUGCGCUCUGCAACCACACAGGGACUGCUGCCGGCCAGCUAAGCUUCUGCAAAGGAGACAUUCUGCAGGUCUUGGACACGGUCAAUGAGGACUGGAUCCAGUGUUGCCGUGGAGACAGCCGAGGCCUAGUUCCCGUUGGCUACACCUCUCUCAUCCUGUGAACCAAGGGCCGGGGCAGCAGGAGCCUGAGGCGCCAUCGUCGUGAGGAAAGAGGUCAUAACAGACCCCCCCCCUCUCUCUCUCACACACCCCCCCCCCUGCACUGUUAGAAGAGAGCCAGCAAAACCUGUGAAGGCCCAGAGGGGGGGCGGACGGCACCUGCUGUCUGUCACUCGGGAUCACGUUCACCAGAAACGGCAAAUGGCUGCCCUCUACGGAGGCCCGGGCUGCAUGGCACAGCGGCGUCCCCUUGGGCAGGGCACUGUUUGGGUCAAGGCAGGCUGCCGCUUGCCCCGUUUUCUUUCAUACUGAGGCUGAAUGUCUGGCCUAAAUGGGCCAAUGCGCACCCCCCCCCCCGCGCACAUCCAUUUACACGCCCCCCCCCCCAGCUGCCAGUCACGUGUGUUCGCUGCUCUCAAUGGCUGUGCCCCACUUUGAACGAUUGUUCUCAUUCAUGUGUAUAUUGCAUAUAUUUGUGUAUAUAUAUAUUAUAUAUAUAUAUAUAUAUGUAUAUCUUCUGCCCUCCGGCUGCUUCGGUCCCACCUCUUCCCCUUGUCCCUAAAGUGCUGUCAGUGCCGCAUCCGUGGUGAUCAGGAGGACCCAUCUGGAAUGGCUGUCCCUGUUUACCCACAUGCCACCCACCCUCUCCUCUGCCUUAACUCAUAAUGUCAAUGGCUCCCCCUGUGAGGUUGGCACCCUCUGCUUUCAAGGGAGAAGAUGAGAGGAGAGGGGUGUGAAACUAAAAGACGGGAAAAGGAGGUGGAAGAAGUGGCCUCUUGCGAGGCUGAAUUGCUGUAGCCUGAAUUCCCAAAGAGCCUGCAGUGAGAAAUAAACAAGUCAGAAGCCAAA